AUGUGGAAGACCCUCUCUCUGGCGCUCCUCUGCACCGCAGCUGGUGACGAGUUCCUGAGCCGCAAAGGGGCCACGAGGGCCAGGUGCCUCCUCCAAGGCUGGGCGAACGACGCGCAAGCGAAGGACCUUGUGAAUGUGGCCCAGGAUUGCUUCACACCGCAGACGGCAGCAAGCAGCUCUAGCUCAAAAGCGAGAUGCCUGGAGUGCGGUCUGAGCGCUGCCACCGGCUGCGUGGUAAGAAAACUGAAUCGGCUCUGGGGUUGGAGACCGGAGCUAGCGGGCUCUGGUUCGAACACUGGGGGUCCUUACGAUGUCCUAGACGCGGGCAUCACCCUGGUGGGGGUGGAGACGCCUUCCGGAAGCUGGCAGUUCAUGCUGCGGAAGCCGCAAGGGGCAGGCCAAGGCAGAGGCGGCAGAGGCUCUGAGCCUGGUUCCUCCCAUGCCGUAGAUGUGCAGAGCCAUCACCGUGGCGAUGCUAGCGAGCAACAGGAAGCAGAUCUCAUCCGCUUCACUGAGUCCUGCUUCAGCAACACGAAGACUGACCUGGACACUUCCGACCCUGACAGCUUGAAGAUGACUUUGGGCAACAGCGUGGACUGCGUGCUUCAGAAAUGCCUCGAGGCCUGGGGCUUUAAGCCGAAAGAAUCCGUUUAUGGUUCAGAUACCGGUGGCCCCCAUGCUUACAGCCUCGGUGCUACGGUGAUCGGGGUAGAAUCCCCAUCAGGCAAAUGGGACGUCGUGUUGCAUCUGAAGUAG